GUGCCUCGGCGCUGCGCUCCUCUCGGCUUCCGUCCGCCGGCAGCCGCUGCCCUCGGCGCCAUCUUGUGCCCGGGCGGGCGGCGGAGCGCGGGCAGCCGCCAUGGAGACAGAUGAUACCGGGAACCGGCUCCGCUUCCAGCUGGAAUUAGAGUUCGUCCAGUGCCUGGCCAAUCCAAAUUACCUCAACUUUCUUGCACAAAGAGGCUACUUCAAAGACAAAGCUUUUGUAAAUUACCUGAAGUAUUUGCUUUAUUGGAAAGAACCUGAGUAUGCAAAAUACCUGAAGUAUCCUCAGUGCCUGCACAUGCUGGAGCUGCUGCAGUACGAGCACUUCCGCAAGGAGCUGGUAAACGCUCAGUGUGCCAAGUUCAUUGACGAGCAGCAGAUCCUUCACUGGCAGCACUACUCACGGAAGAGAAUGCGCCUCCAGCAAGCCCUUGCAGAGCAGCAGCAGCAGAACAACACCUCUGUAAAAUGAAAACUGCUUGGAAGGGUGAUGACCAGGUGUAGCUGUGAUGCUAAGGUGCAGUUUGUGGCAGCUGAAGUACUUAGGAGACCAGAAUGAACUCUUUCGUAGGUUUGGUCCUGGGUGUCCCUGCAUUUAAUUUGUUUUAUCAAGUCACUGGGUUGGUUUGGGGUUUCUCUCUUUCAUCAGGUUUUAUGAAGAUACAAGGCUGAUGAACACCUGCUCCUGCCAUUUAUUUUGUAGCACUGAGCAUGACUUACUGUACUUAGUGAUUGCUCUUGAUUGGGGAAAACAAAGCAGAGUUUUGUUACUUGCUGACACUGAAGUAACAAAAAGUAACUCAGUCUGUUCUCAGGAGGCUUUUUCCUUGGAGAAUGAAGUGCCUCAAAGUGUGGCUAAGCACUCCCUCAUGCACUGCUUUCUACACCUGCAGAGUUGAAGUGCUGAUGUACAAAAUUCAAACAGUGGAUUUCCUGCAUUGAAACCCAGCAGAGUUGUCACUUCUCACUUCUGUGUACCUGGUGAUUGCUGUUGCUGGUGGGCUCACAGAGUUCUCCUUACAAUCUGCUCUACAGACAGGAAUCAAAAGUGUGACAAGGUCUGCAGGUGAGAUAAGGAGCAAUAAACUUGGCAGAUACUCCACAGAUGGGAAUAGGCUCUAGCUGCAUCUGUUCAAUUAAAGUCAGUUUAACUUUAAUCUUGGUUUCCUGCCAGUGACAUCUUGGCUGCUCUUAGGCUUCUCUGCAGUUACUGGAAACAACAAUGCAGGUUAUGAAAAAAGGCUUAUGUGCAGUGUUGCAGAAGCUUUUCCAUGUAUUCCUGUCUAGUUUCUAGUGGAAGAACUCAGAUCCUGGCAGCUGUCAGGGAUUUAAUGUUGGUAUUUGUGUGGCAUAUGUGCUAGGUUUCAUAUCCUUGUCAGCACAGGUAGUGCUAACAUCAGUUACCCCAAGGCUGUCAGCCUUCAGCUUAUCACACUCUGUGAAC